AUGCAAAUCAGUCUGACAGUUCUUGGAGGAGGGCAAAGUAUAGGGAAGAGCUGUUUUCUACUUUCCGUCGGAGAUCAGCACGUCCUUCUCGACUGCGGCUCCUUUGUCGGAAAAGAUACCAAAAAGGCUCUGCCUGAUUUUUCAAAGCUUCCCAAAUCAAUGACUGUUAACGAUAUCACUGCUGUUCUCAUUUCUCACUUUCAUAUGGAUCACAUCGGCGGUCUCCUGUAUCUCACGGAACAAUUGAAAUACAAGGGCGAUAUCUACGCAUCGAGCCCAACACGUGCGGUGCUCCCCUUGCUUCUCCGCAACAAUCGCGUGCUUCUGACCAACCAAGCCCAAGUCCAAUCCACAGUCACCAUGGAGACCUUCGCGAAGCUGACCAAACACAUCCGCGAAGUGACGGUCAACGAGUCAAUCCAAUUGAAUCCGAACCUUCGAAUCACCGCUCACAUCGCUGGCCAUGUUUUAGGCGCCGUUAUGUGGGAGAUCGAAGCCUACGGCCGCUCCAUCCUCUACACCGGCGACUUCUCCGACGAGCCUGGUGGUUUUAUCCCGUCCUAUCAGCUGCCAGCACGGUUUCUCCGUCCCGGGAAUUUGGAUAUGUUAAUCAUGGAAUGCACGUACGGUAAUACCGAGUUCAAAAGCUACGAAGACCGCAAGAACACUUUGCUCGACAGCGUUCUGAGCACAAUCCAGAACCGCGGGAAAGUGCUGAUCCCGUGCUACGGCAUCGGCCACACCCAGGAACUCCUCGCGAUGUUUCUCGAUUUAUGGAACUCCAAAAAUCUGACCACGCCGAUUUACUUCAGCAGCCAGGACACCAAGAGCACGCUGCCUCUCUUUUCGUACUAUUCUUCCUGGACUUCUCAUCCGCUUUCUCUCCAAUCCGAUCGAAUUCAGCCCUUUCGAAUGGAAUUCGCGGCCUCCGAGGAGCCGUUUCUCCUCUUCGCCACUCAUCCCACCAUGACCUCGGGCGUUUCAAAAGCCGUGUUUCCCUCGAUUGCCGGAAAUCCAAAAAACAUGGUGAUUUUUUUAGGACAAAAUUCGCCCGAUACCAUCGCCGGACAGAUCAUGAAUAGUCCCGCGGUGACUUUGGAUGGCAAAAAUAUCCCUGUUUUAUGUCAACGAAAAAUAGUGCCUUUUUCUGCACAUCCAGAUCGAAAGGCGAAUUGCCGGCUGAUUGAGCGAACGGGCGCGUCGUGCGUUGUUUUGAUUCACGGGGAUAAGGCGAAUUGUGUCGGCCUGUCGAAAUACUAUUCCAAGAUGCACAAAAAUGGGCCGAUUUUUAUGAUUCCAGAAAAUGGAAAAGUGGUAACUUUUGAAUGCAGAAAAAAGCGACUUUUUAUGGACUGGAGGGAGGAGUUUCAAGCCAAACGAGGGAAAGAAACGCCCGCGUUGUUCCGCGGGGAUACAAUGGAAAUACAGAAAUCGGGGAGAUUUUUGGAAGUGGUGAAUUCCGCGGUUAUUCCAAUAUCGGAGGAAGAGUGGAAGUCAGUUUCCCGCGAUAAUUUGGUUGAGUCAGAAUACGUGGAUAACCACGGGGUUCGCAUUUGGUGGACAGAAAAGACGAAGGAUCGGGCGUUUCAUUACAUACAGCGAUUAGAGUCGUUGAAUAAAAAGAAGAAAAGUGAAUGA